AAAGUUUUCUUUAAGUGUAACUUGAAACUUUACCAAAUAUUUACAAAAUUAAUUUUAAUAUAUUGAGCUUGGAAUAUCUUGAAUAUAUCAACAAUACUUUACUUCUAAAAUGGCAACUCUUGUUAAAGAGAAAAAGAGUGAGAAGAAGAAAUCCGAGCAACCAUCAUUUCGCAUUAGUAAACGUGAAACAAAGAAAUCUAAAAUGACAAAGAAUGAAACUGGUGAAGAAACAAGUAUCUCUUCAACAAAAAGCCUUGAAGCGAUUAAUUGUGUUGCAAAUAAUAGUAAAAUAAAAAAUAAGUCCUUUAAUAAAGUAACCGAGGAUUCUGUAGAAGUAGCUCCAAGUACCGAAGAAUGUUUUAAUGGUGAAAACCUUAGAUCACAUGAGCCUAGUGAAAAUAUAAGCUGUGGUGUAAAUAUCUCUAGUACAGAAAAAAUAGAAAAUACUUUUGUGGAUUUAAAUGAAAAGUUACAAGGAAUAACUUUCGAACAACAGAACAUAGAUAUUGCAAUGGAAUCCGUUAAAGAAGUAAGUGAAGAAAAAACACCAAUUGAGGAAUUAGAAACAAAUUUAGUUAAUAAAGAAAGUGUUGCUCCUUCUGCACCCUUACUUCAUGUCUCUGAAACAUACACAGAAGAAAGACAGAUAAGUCAAAAUAUUGUAGAAGUAAAAAAUCCAAUAUUACCUAGUAUGGCAUUAGAGGAGGCAAUAAGGAUAUAUGGUGGAAAAGAGAUAGCAGAAGUACAUGCAAUAAGUGAACAACAAGAAGCUAUUGUUGAAGCAGGACCGUUGAGUGGCCCUGAUCAUCCAUUAGUUGAUCUCUUGUCAACUUUCAGAUCAUCAUUAAUAGCAAGAGAUAGAGAAAGAAUUACAAUUGAAUGUGGUUACCUUAAUGAGGACAAAAAUCGGAGUCUACUGUGGAGAAUUGAAAAGAAACAUAUGACAUUAUCGGAAAAGUGUUCGUGUGGUGCCAAUGUUAACUUCAAAGCAGUGUACGAUCAUGCGGAGUUGCAGAAGAAUAAGUUGCCUGCUGCUAAGUUGAGGCUUGAGGGAUUGUUGAGAGAUGUGCAGGAUUCAUACUGCCACUACCAACAUACAGCACUAACGGCUCACUAUCAAAUAGAGCAAAUUCUGUCAGAGACGGUGCAUGUUAAUAAGGGUGAGGUUCGUGAAGCACUGUCUCUGAUCUUCCAGUCAUUACGUUUGACUGAUGGUGUCCCGUCUCUGUAUGCCGAAGCUCUCCAACGCUGGGCUACUUUCUUAGCUGAUGCGCUUCUUGAUCGCGAGAGAGAUCUGAGGCAGCUGCUGUUUCUGAUACAUCAUCUGUUCAGACAGACGCGGUCAGUGAAGUGGGCGGGGCAUGUUCUGCGCAUGCGUGUGAGCGACACCAGCUCGGCCGCGCAGCUCAUUGCCGUGUUGGACUUGAUGCUGACCAAAUCUACCUUCGAGAGCGCCCUCGAGUGUACUGAAGAAUUGGAGACGUGGGAAGAGGUAGACGUGACAGGUGUCGGAUGUGCGGUGGGGGAGGGAAGGCUGCGCGAGAGAGACCUGCUCUGCCUGCUGGAUGCUCUGCCUCUCAGCGAUUUAGUGGCUAAGCUGGCGCUGUUCGCAGGCGAUGAUAUAUCGGAGGGCAGUGAACGGUCGUGGGGUGACCACAGCGGCGGGCACGGCGUGCUCAAGGCGUGCUGCGGGGUCCGCGCGCUGCUCCACGUGGUGUCCCGCGCGGUUCACUCGCACCCCUCGUACUCGACGCUCCGCCGCAGCCUGCGCGGGCUGGCGGCCAAUACGCUGCGUGCCCUGGCCGCGCUGCACGACCACUCAAAAGUUUCGUACAGCGAGAUGCUAUCGGCUAAGAUAGAGUCUGAGUUGGAGGCUAUCUUCGUAAGCGGCCUGGCUGUGGUGGGUGAACAUGGCGACCUGCUACCGGCUUCGUUGCUCAGCGAACACUCGGCCAACGAGUACUGUUCGGCACUCUUAGAACAGUUGCAUGAGAAGGGUACUGGCGUUGUAGACGCUCGAUGGGCGGAGCACGUGUCGGGGCUGUCGUGUGCGGCGCGCUUGCGAUUGGCCGCCCGAGUGUGUGCGGACAGAGGGGCGGAUAUGAAGCUAGCUGCGGUCGUCUUGGAUAGGUUACUGAAUGUCGGUUUACGUCGCAAGGCGAGCGCCACGUGCGCCUGUGAGUCGGCAGCGCGCGACGUAGUACCCCACGUUCUGGCCGUCCACUGUCACCUGUACCCCACCGCUCUGCAUAUCGUAGCCAAUAUCACUCAAGAGGAGCCAAUAGAAUCGGAUUUGUUGAAACAUCUCUCACUGGUCGAGUGGCGGCCCGCGCCCGUCCACCUGGGCGCUGUGUUGGACGACUGGGCGCAUCGCUGUCCGCAACUGAUCCAACACUUGCUCUUCAGUUUGGACUUCACGCCGCCCACGGGGGUAUGCCUGGAGAGCCAGCGCUACAUCGGCCAGUGGGUGGUGCAGCACGUGGGCGGGGGCUCGUGUCCGGAGUGGGCGUGGGCCGUGCUCCGCGCGCUCUCCGUGCACGGCGCGUGGGCGGGGCCGGGCGCCUGCGCUGACACCCUGAUAGGAAGCAUGCUCGCGGUCAUCGCCACCGAGUGGGGGCAUAGUGUGCCCUUGGUGUGCGGAGUGGGUGCUGAUGCAGUCCACCGACUGGCUGCCACUCGCCCGGUGGAGGCCACCCACUGCCUCGGUCUCCUCAUGAAAGUCAUGGCACACUCGCCGGAGUCCAUAUCGCUGACACCCAGGUUCUCAGAAAUAAUAACAGUGAUACUAAACUCGGGUCCCAGCGUGAUGCAGCGUGUGCUCGGUCGCGGCUCCGCUAGUGGCGUCGACUUGCUUCAGCCGCUUGUACUGCAGCACGUCACAGAUGACAAAACGUCUCCUGAGUACCGUAACGCGUUACUGAUGGCUUGGUGUCACGCGCUGUGGAAACCUUCGCAGGUCACAGCGAGUCGCACGCUCCUGGAUACAGCUGUGCGAGCCUGCCAGGGUUGGAACAUCUUAGACGCCUACGUGGCUUAUGUCCUUCAGGAGGCUAACGGUGAGCAGUACAUAGAAGACGCGGUGCGUCACGCUAACGUGGCGCCGACGCUGAGUGAAUGUGUGCUGCGUCACGUGGCGUUGAGACAGGGCGGGGCGCCCGAGAGACUCGCGGACGUGGCGUGCGUGUUGGACGCGCAGCGCCGCCGCAGAGAGCGGGCGCACGUCGACAACGCUCUCAAAGUUUCUGGUGUUAAGUUCAAGUCGGAAGAGCUCGCCAUAUACCGAACAGGAAACGUGUUGUUAUCCGCCCCUUACCAGCACCCCGCUUAUUUGUCGCUUUGUACUCUGUUCUGUCAACUAUACUUGGAGAGACCGCCAGUACACCACCCUGUCGCCGUUCAGCCUGUCGGUCCAUUAUACUUCGCUGGUCUAAUAAAAACCCGUUCGCUCGCGCAGAUAAAGAAACGGCUUCAAGAAGCUAUCACAUAUCAUUCAAACCAAAUUGAAUCUUUAAAAAGUAACCAAUUAAAACUAGAUGCCCCUGAAACGCCAAAGAGAGCAUCGGUCGCCCAAAGCAGAUCAUCGAAUGACAUAUUCCCGCAACUCUCGCUUGCCGAUAUGAUCGAGCAAUCGAUAGAUUCUGAAGAGAAUGCGGCUGAUGAGGACCGAAAUGCAACUGUCGCUGAUAACGGUGUAAAAGUGAAUGAGACAGAUGUAUCAACAAUGUUCAUGAUGAAUUAUCACGACGGUGCUGAGAAGCUAUUACGAGCGUGUUUGCUUUGGAUAACGGACGAAAGGGUGAACGCUGCUCCGCAUCAUGCGAACAUAGCUCGCUACAUAUCAGAACAGGCAAUGGCAGCAGCGUGGUCGGCUUCCAUUCCGUCCACGCCGGUGCCGCCCGCUACGGAGGUGCGGCCGCGUCACUCGGGCCCGCCCCGUGCCGCACACGUCACGCCGCACGGACGAGCGCUGCGAGCCAUCCGUGCUGUCGGCGACCAGGCUAACAAACGGGGCAAAAAGAUACACCUAAAAUCGCUGGUGGACGAAUGUGACUUCAUGGAUUCGCGAACUGUCCUGUACUUUGUGAAAGAGCAAUUACUCGAAGUGGAAAAGAUUGCUAGUGAAUGGUCAACAGAAGUGCAGCGCGUGUCCCAACUGGACGCUAAGCUGUGGGAGUUGGUUGUGAAGCUGCGUGUGGCGCGUCCACUGCCGCCAGUGAGGCGGGCGUGUCCGCAGAACUGUUCGCCAAUCACGAUCCAUAUUGCGGCAGAUGAGUGGUGCAUAUCUCGCGGCGUAGAACAGGAAAUUCAAGAGAACAGACGCUCGUAUCGUGCGGGCGUGCGUCGCAUAUGUCGAGCGCGGCCGCAUUUUGCACGCACCGCCGCCAACUUGCACAUAUUGGCUAAACGUAUCAACAAUGGUGACGCAGCUGUCGAGGUGUGCGAGCGAAUAUGGCGCUCUGCGGGUGUGAGUCACACGUGCGAACUGGCACAUAGUUUGCUGACUAGUGUAGUGACACACCUGGCUGAGAAGUGGCUGUGCUCCAACGGCGGGCUGGUCGCCGCCACGCUCUGCCGCUGGAGCGGCGGCACCGCGCGGCAGGCCGGCCUGUGCGGCGCGCUCGUGAGUCCGCGCCGCCUGUCCGCGCCGCACGUGCCGCCGGUGUACGCGGCGCUGUUGGACUCGCGACUGCCCGACCACGCGCUCUUCAGCUACCUGUCUAGAUUUGACAUGCGUCGUUGGGGACACGAGGUGUCAAGUGGUGAUCGUAAAGAACUGCUCUCUACAAUAAUACAAGCACUUACCAAAUACGGACACACCCCAGACGAAGAACAUCAAACGCUGAUUGAGUUGGUCGGUGUUCACUCGACGGGCAUGGUGCGGCACCCUGAGCUCUGCCGGUUCGUGCGGCAGUGUGCCCGCAGCGCCGCACAGGUCAGUCUGCCGCUGCCGUACUGCUCGUACGUGGUGGACUCUGUGACUGCGCAUGCGGCCCUACUCACCUUCGAUCAGAUUGGCCAUAUUCUUCGUGAGCUGGGUGUAAUCUGGUGGGAAGCCAGAGCUAGAAGUACGUCGCGCGACGUGUACGCUGCGUACGCGUCGCAUAUGGCGGCCAUUUUGAGCGCGCUGCAACGAGCCUUCGUAGCCGCGGCCAUACAACUUAGUUAUGCACCAGAAAGAGUGAGCCUGUACUCGUGGUCUUCAAUAGUGGAGUCGUGGUCGGCCUGGGUGUCGCCCCACCUCCUUCCUCCGCUGCUGCCCGUCACCAGUUCCUCCGAGUGCUACACUGACAUGCUGCAGAGAUUCAUUAACUGUAUACAGAUAGUUAUGGACGAAUGUCCAGGCUGUGAAGAGCCAUUGCUGCGCAAGAUCUGGUCGUGGACUUUGGAGACUUAUAACGCGUGUACGGGAGCGGACACGUCGCAGGAGAGUCGUGUGCAGUGCAGCGCGCUCCUGGCCACACUGGGCUCGCUGGCCUGGUCGCGGCAGUGGCACGCCGACCGACUGGCGCUGCAGAUAAACACGCGGAGUGACCGCGAGAUACUGGCGUGGUGUUGCCAGACGCUGGACGGAACACAAGCAGCCACGUGGCUGCGGGCCGUGGAGGACCACCACGUGGCGCCCACGUUGGCAGCACUGCUCGCACUCUUCACUUGUGCCAACAUGCACUUCUCGAAACAGUGUCUCCAAGAGGCGUGCAAGUUGCCGUGGUGGCGGCUGCCGGAGUCCGUGCUCGACUCCAUGCUGGAGAGAUACUUUGCUGAACAUCAUAACCCGGCGGUACCCUACCAUCACCUAACACAUUUCUGUAUAAUGGUGUCUGCCAGCCAGCUCAGCGAUCACUCGUGGCCGGCGGGCGAGGCCACGCCCCUCAAGCGGCGCGGCUUCGUGUCACAUUUCGUGCGGGCGAGUGUGGCGCCGCCCCUCCACGACUUGGUGCGGGCACAUUGCGAGCAUCUGCUCGACUUGAUUACUGACCUGGCUCCACAUGUAUCGGAUGAAGAGCUGGAGCAACUCAUGUCCCGUGCGUCUGUCGUCAUGUGCAUACAGCCCGCAGCUGAUGUCGCCCUACAGGUAUGGCUGCAGUGGCUACCGACAUGCUCACAGAGGCUGCGCUUGUGUGUGAUGUCUGCGGCCGCCGUGCUGACGUCACGCGAGCACGCCGUCUCGCUCGCUGACCGCGCCGCCGCCUUGCAUCUCUCUGACACACGUGGCACGGGCUGGUGUGAUCUACUAACACGUUGGUCGGUAAGCGUGUGGAGCGACGCGAGCGUAGCGUUACAACGCGGCGACUUACACGCUGCUUAUGUGAUGCUGUUGGCAAAACCUCACGACACUGAAAGCAUUGUGGUGGCAUUUAACGCAUUACAAACCGCUAGUCUCAACUUCAGUGACAAUGAGGUGGUCAUAUCAUUGUGGAUAUGCGUCGCGUGUCGCCUGUUCGUGCAGGUCGCGGCGCUGGACACACGGCAGCUGGUAGCUGCAGCGCUGGCUCGCUGGCUGGAGGCUGACGGCAGACGCUCGCUGCUGCAGCUGGUGCGGCUGCAGGCCAGCCCGCCGGCGCCGACCAGCAGACAUCGCAUGCUGUGCACCCUCGCUCAGUGCAUUACAUCACCUUCGGAGGCUUCCAGCCAGGCCUACGUGGCGGCCUGUACUGCCGGACAACAACUCCACGAGGUGACCUCCUGGGGCCUCUCCCCCCGUGUGCUGCACCUCGUGCAACUGGCUAAUAGACUGCACCCAAACAAAGAACUCUACUUCAGUGAAGAAUUGAAACUGGCUGAACAGAAUCAUUUGUAGAGUCACUUGUUCGUUGAUUAAAGUGAAACAACGAGUUGUAAACUAUUGAAUGAUUCUUUGUUGAUACUUUUUUUUGGUUAUGAUUGUUAAUAGUUAUAAGUAAUGUUAUACGUAUACUCAGUUAUUUUAAUUACCGGUCAAUCAGUUACCAAGCUAAGUUAACUAGUUACCAAAAACAGGAAAUCAUUGACAAGAUUCGUUCAAUUCACAAUUAUAUUUAUGAAUCGUUAGGCUCUCGGCCCGCGCUCAUCACAUCCCGUUACCGAUAGAACUCCUGCAUUAAUACACUUUCAUUAGUAACUAUGUCCGUAAUAAUUAUUCUUGCUUGACUUUUAGUGAUUGAAAACUAGUGCGGUUUAAUAUAUUUUAUCUACACCCAUGCUUUAAACCCUCUAGUAAAGAUUCUAAAACAGUUAACUUAUUGCCAACAUUAAAACACCCAAUGUCCUAAUAAACAUUACAUGAUCCAAACGAGUGUUGUAAUGAAAUUCAGUACAACAUUACAUCAUCCGUUUUCAUUACUAGGACUGGCUUUUUUAAUGUUAGCAGUAAGCUAACUGUUUCAAUCUAUUAGAGGAUUCAUAUUCUGGGUGUAGAUAAAGUCUUGUAUGCAACUGAUGAUAAUUAGGUAUUAAAACACUCAUGUAAUACUAUUAUCACAUAAACCCACAUUCGUGUUUAAUACCCCCUUAUUACAGAACAUUUGCAUAAAUAACUAAUACGACGUGGCUGAGCCUGGGUAUAGGAGAUGUACCCCAAUAUGACCAUACAUUAACUACAGAGAUAAGACUUUGCUCAUAUUAUAGUUAUUUAUUAGAAUAGGUUAUAUUUUUAACAUAAAUAGUAUAUCUUUUUGCUUACUGUGUUAUUAAUAAGUGCGAAGUAAAGUUACUCCAAGUUUGAAAUUACUUCUUCCUUUCGUGUUAUUCUGUAGAGACAAAGGUAACAUAAAGACAAAAAGUUUUAAAUUUGGAAUAACUUUUGUUUACCUUUAUUAAUAAGGCAGAGUAUAUUAUGUAAGUAUUUAGUGUGUGAGAUAGUUAUGACUUAAACUUUUGUACAAGACUUUUUAAAAUUUAUUUACGUUAUAUUUAUUGAAUUAAAUCUAUGUUUGUGUCAUAUGAAGGGACAUUAACGUUAUUAUAAUUGAAAUAUGAAACUUUUCAAGCGCUAUUAUUGAACGUAACAUGACGUGUCUAGUCCGUUUUUUGUUACUAGUACGACUGCGUUGCGAGGCUGACUAAGUAAAAAUUUAAAUUUAGUAUAGUGUGAAACGUGCAGUGGUUUGACAUAAGUUUGAAAUAGUAAUUACAAUAAUAAGCGGACGAAGUGUAAUCCGGCAAAGUUUGAAAGCGAACAGUUGCUUGCGUUAUUUGCAUUUGAAUAACAUCAGUUUUACAAUCGGUCUUAUUUUAUUUAGAUUACGUUUCUCUUAUUCUACCUACAAGGCAUGCAAAUAUAUGUAGCAUAACAUUUUAUUUUAUACAAAAUUGAACCUAACCAUUAACCCCAUUCAUAAUAGUCUGCUAACUUAAAGCAUUGCUAAUUCUCACUCUGUCUUCUUCUAUUGACCUAAGUCAGAAUGAGAAAUAACACUCCUUAGCAGCUGUUUUAAGUUAGCGGACCGUAACAUUCAUGUCAGAUUUAUAUAUCAAUUUUCCUUCAAUCUAUCAAUGACUGAACGUUUCAUACAAUCGAGCGAAUCGCUUUUUUCUUGUGUUUUUUGUUUUUGAUUUCAAUUUUGUUAUUUAGAACAACAAUUUACAACUAAUUGCGCGGGUAGAAAUAUAUUAAGAUAAAACAGUGUUAGUCAAAUCACUUUUAAUUUGAAUAGUCUGUACAGCAUUAUUUUCAGUGUCGGCCUAAAACGAAUGCCCGUGAUGAAAAUAAUAUGUUCACAUUAAUUCUGUAAUAUUGGGUCUCGAUCUCUUUGUAAGUUCUAAUUUUAGUUAAAGAGAACGAAGUCUCCAUGAUAACUUUCUAAUACCCGGUUACAUUAUCUCUGGACCUGACGUCACAUCGUUGCAAUAACAAGGAUAUUAUUAUAAUAAAUAAACAACGAUUUGUUUAAUCUGCAUUUUUGAUUGAUGUAAAGAUGUUGUUUUGCGGACAACAGAAUUACAACACAAACCACUGUAUUCUGUACAGAAUUUACAAUUAUAACUUUUAACUUUCAAAUAUUCAACAACGCUUUAACACUGCAGAAUAAUUAAUAUAAUCCCAGGCAAGGCAUUAUAUACCCUUCGCCACAACUCUCCUCUCCUCUCCUCACCCCCUCUCCUCUCCUCUCCUCACCCCUCCACGACUCGCGCCACACUUCACACCGCUACACUAGCGCCACCUCUCAGAACCCGCUGCUCACUUCACUUGACUCGAUACAUAUUAUAAUGACGAAAAAUCAAUGAAAGAAACAAAGCAGAGAUAGCACGAACAUAUCACAUGUAGAUAACAGUAACCGUACUGACGGAACAGGACGAGCGCGUGGGGUGUAAAGUCCAGAGAUAAUAUGGCCGUGUAGUAUAUUUAAAUUUAUUUUCACUCACUACGACGUGCAAAGACUCUUUAUUAUAUUCUUUUCAUAUUGGAGAAAAUUGGAUCAUUAUAAUAUAAAACUUUACAUGAUGAUGUAUAACUGUGAUAUUAUAUUUAAAAUUUGAAUGUUUCGUCAACGUACCUGUUAUAUUGUUACCUGUUUAUGAUAUAACUAUAUAAUAUACUCAUCACACAUACAACCUCAUUUCACUUGAAUUUUAUAAUUUUAUGUUUAACUCUAACAGCCAUUAAAGGUCCAUUGGUAAGAAUCGUAAUGAAUAUUUAUUAGUUUUAAAUCUUUUAAUAUGUUCAUAAUAAAAAAAAUAGUUGACACAUCACACUGUAUUCUAAUCAUAAUUCAAUUUAAAUAAGUAUUUUCAAUCAAGCAAAUAAUAUUCUGUUAGUUUACUACCAACAGUAAAUGACUUGACAACAUUGUUUAUUUUGAAAUUUGAUUUACCAGUUUGUUAACUUUUUUAAGUGAUAUCCUUCAAUUCUGGGAUUAAGAAUACAAAUUUAAUUUGUACGAAAAUUAAUGGACGAUGCGGGUCUCGAACCCGCGACCUCUCGGGCUACGUCCCAGCGCUCUUACCAACUACCUCACCAGGCCGCCCUAGUUGGUAAGCCGUCCAAAUUAAAUUUGUAUACUUAUAAAUUAAAUGGGUGUGGUUUUUGUAAUAUAGUAAGGGAACUAUAUUUUGGUGGUUCCGCUUUCAUUUCGCUAGCCCUAGAAAGUUCUAAGUUAGAUAUUUUAACUUAGAUAGUUUAGACACAGCUGUAUUAUAUUUUAAAAUAUGUGUCAAUUGGAUGUUUAUAUUUUUUUUUUAAUUACGUUGACAGGUAAAGUUUGACAGAAAGUUGGUUGAUUUGUUUUUUUCUUUAUAUAAAUAUAUAUUGAAACUAUUUUGCAAUAAAACUCGUUUGUAUUGA